AUGGACUCAACUACACACCAGCCAGACCACGCGCGGCGUCCGAAGAAGUUGAUAUUCGCACCGGGAGACAUUGAGCCCACGCCAGACCUCAAGAUCACCGCCUCAGAGAUACUGGACCCAUCUGCGCCGCAAUCGCAAUCCCAAAGCACGGUGGCGGCAGCAGCAGCAGCAUCCGCAGCAUCACAUCUCGCCCCCGCCGCGGAAGGCCUCCGCUCCGACACAUCGACCCCGAACUCAGCGACAGAAAGCCAUGUACUAUCGCACGCAGCGCGCGCACACCAGUUCGUCACAAACCCGCCCCUCACCGUCUCCCAGAUGCACGGGACGAACCCGCUGCACCAGUUCCACACAUGGUUCCGCGACGCGCGACUGCCGGCAAGCUCGGCGCCGGAAACCUGCACUCUUGCAACAGCAUCACUGCCCUCGGGCCGAGUCAGCGCUCGCGCCGUGUACCUCAAGGAGCUGGACGAGCGCGGGUGGGUGGUAUACAGCAACUGGGGCAGUCGUGAGGGCAAAGGCGGGCAGGUUUUCGGGGGGCACGCGGACGGAGCCGAUGCGCUGGGCAACAUGCCCGAGCCGGGUAUUGCAGAGGAUCUGCAGGGCAUCGAUGCCGGCAACAAAUGGGGCGCGCUGACGUUUAGCUGGGCGAUCGUCGAGCGCCAGGUGCGCGUCGAGGGCCUGCUCGAGCCGCUCAGUCGCGCCGAGAGCGAGCUGUAUUGGCGCACGCGCGAGCGUGGCAGCCAGAUCGGUGCGUGGGCGAGCUGGCAAAGUCGUGUGCUGUGGUCGGCUGAGCCGCCGCAGCUGGUUGAGCAUCAGCGCCGUAAGAGUGUUGCGCGGCUGCAGCAGCACCACCAGACGUCCGCUUCGGCAGGUAACGAUGUCCACUGUGCCGAUGUCCCUGCCGAUAUCGACGAGACUGAUAUUGACGAUGGCCGUGCUGUGCUAGAGCAGCGGGUCAGAGAAAUGGAGGAGCGCUUUGCUGGCGUCGACAAGAUCCCUCUGCCACCGUUCUGGGGCGGCGUGCGCCUUGUGCCGGAGUCGGUGGAGUUCUGGCAGGGCCGGCGCAGUCGUCUGCAUGAUCGCUUUCGCUAUGUGCGAGUUGAGGGAGCGGGCGAGGAUGCACGGUGGCGGCUUCAGCGACUGUCGCCGUAA